UACACUCAACUGGAUCUACUCCCCCCUCUAUAUUUCCCCAUCAGAUCCUCCUCAUUUUAUACGCGUUCUUUAUCUUUCCCUCUCACACACACUGUCACCACUCAUGCUUCUCACCAUUUCUUCAACCCCAUAAUCCUUGAAACAUCACAUUUCAUUUCACACUCAGAUCUUCAACAACACACAUAAAGGUUAAUCGAAGAAAAACAAUAAUCUGAAGUGAUGGCUCAGGGGAAAUAUUCCCGGGUCGAUGGGAAGAAAUCAUCAUCAUGUUCAACCGCUACAAUUAUAGUUGUUGUCGGGGUGUGUUUGGUUGGAGUAUGGAUGUUCAUGUCAUCAUCCGCUGCCCCUGGUCAAAAUUCCGACUUGCCUGUUAUUCAAGAAUCAAAGCAGAAAGAAUCUACCAAAGUAUCUUCCCAGUUUGAAGAUAAUUCAGGCGAUCUGUCGUCAGAUGAUUCGGCUAAAGAUGAGAGUAAUCAAGAAAACACGCAAAACGAGGAAUCUAGUACAAAUGAAAAUGAUACAAACACAGAAGAUGAGUCAAAGUCAACUGAAGAAAAUUCUAAUUCAAACGAAAGCGAGAAUUCGAAUUCUGAUUCGAACGAAAGCGAGAAUUCGAAUUCUGAAUCCAACGAAAGCGAGAGUUCGAAUACGAAUUCUGAAUCAAACGAAAGUGAGAAUUCGAAUUCUGAGUCAAACGAAAGCGAGAAUUCGAAUUCUGACGCAAACGAAUCGGAAAAGAAAGAAGAGAAGGUUGAGAAAGACGAAACGGAAGAAAACUCUAGUGACAACAAAACCGAAGAUUUAUCGGCUGCAACACAGUCCGAGAUUUCGAAAGAAACAAACGCUCAAAACGGGGCGUUUUCAACUCAAGAGGCUGAGUCAGCAACUGAGAAACAAUCGCAAAAGCCAUCGAUAUCCAAAAAGAAUCAAGAGGUCUACCAAUGGAAGACAUGUAACGUUAGCGCAGGCCCGGAUUAUAUCCCGUGUCUCGAUAACUUAGAAGCCAUUCGACACCUUCACGGUCGGAGCCACUACGAACACCGGGAACGACAUUGCCCGACGGACCCACCUACAUGUCUUGUCUCUCUUCCCAUUGGCUACAAAACACCGAUCAAGUGGCCCAGAAGCAGAGAACAGAUUUGGUACAGCAACGUCCCGCACACGAAGCUUGCUGCCGUAAAAGGACAUCAAAAUUGGGUCAAAGUUACCGGCGAGUACCUUUCGUUUCCUGGUGGUGGUACCCAGUUCAAGAAUGGAGCCCUUCACUAUAUAGAUUUCAUCCAAAACACGCUUCCUGAUAUCGCAUGGGGUAAGAGAACCCGAGUGAUAUUGGAUGUUGGAUGUGGAGUUGCUAGCUUCGGGGGGUAUCUUUUUGAGAGAGACGUUGUUGCGUUUUCGUUUGCUCCUAAGGAUGAACACGAAGCUCAAGUGCAAUUCGCACUAGAAAGGGGUAUUCCCGCCAUUUCAGCUGUUAUGGGUACCAAAAGGCUGCCGUUUCCAAGCAAGAUCUUUGAUGUCGUUCAUUGUGCGCGUUGCAGAGUCCCGUGGCAUAUUGAAGGCGGUAAACUUCUGUUGGAGCUCAACCGUGUGCUACGACCUGGCGGUUAUUUUGUAUGGUCUGCUACCCCGGUUUACCAAAAUAAGACUGAAGAUGUGGAAAUUUGGGAAGCUAUGUCUAAACUAACGAAGGCGAUGUGUUGGGAGUUGGUGGUGAUCAACAAUGACAAGUUGAACGAGGUUGGUGCAGCCAUAUACAGAAAGCCGACAUCUAAUGAAUGCUAUGAGAGUAGGCAACAAAACGAGCCACCACUAUGUGACAAGAAAGAUGACCCUGAUGCAGUCUGGAAUGUGCAACUUGAAGCGUGUAUGCAUAAAGUACCGACUGACGAAUCAGUUCGCGGCUCAAAAUGGCCCGAAAUGUGGCCACAGAGGUUGGAGUCACCACCAUACUGGCUAAAGAGUAGUGAGGUUGGCGUUUAUGGAAAACCAGCCCCCGAGGACUUCACUUCUGAUUAUGAAAACUGGAAACGCGUUGUCGCAAAAUCCUACUUAACCGGUCUAGGAAUCGAUUGGUCUACUGUCAGAAAUGUCAUGGACAUGCGGUCCAUAUACGGAGGAUUUGCUGCUGCAAUGAGAGAUUUGAAGAUUUGGGUGAUGAACGUUGUACCUCUCGAUUCACCAGAUACCCUUCCAAUUAUAUACGAACGUGGACUCUUUGGCAUAUAUCAUGACUGGUGUGAAUCGUUUAGCACUUACCCACGAACGUAUGAUCUUCUUCAUGCUGAUCAUCUUUUCUCAGAUAUUAAGAAAAGGUGCAAGUUACAAUCAUUAAUGGCGGAAGUUGACAGAAUCUUGAGACCCGAAGGUAAACUAAUCGUGCGUGACAACAUUGAGACCAUCUCCGAGGUUGAAAACAUGGCAAAGUCUAUGAACUGGAUUGUUAGGAUGACUUACAACAAGGACAACGAGGGUAUGUUAUGUGUCGAGAAAUCGUUUUGGCGUCCCGAUGAGGUAGAAACGCUAUCUUACGCCAUUGAAUAGAAGUCUUGCUUUUUGUGUCCAGAGAACCGGUGGAAGAAUGAUAUUAUGUCUUUGUCAUUAAUUUAUUGCAUUUGUAAUUUGUUUAGUCACGUAUACUUGUCGUUAUAGUUUGUUAUUUGUAACGAUUUUGAACUUCAAUGGCCGUUACCUCGAAUGUACCCCCUUCAACGAGGGUGUGCGGUUAGAACAUUUUAUUGUAAAACUACGAUACGUUAUCAUCUUUAGCAAUGAAAUUAAAUUAUACAAUUCCGAGCUAAAA